GGCGGCCGGGCGGCCCUCGCUGAGCAGCAGCGGGGAGUUCUACGAUCUCGCCUUCAAGGUGAUGCUGGUGGGUGACUCGGGGGUCGGCAAGACCUGCCUGCUGGUGCGCUUCAAGGACGGCGCCUUCCUGGCCGGCAGCUUCAUUUCCACGGUGGGGAUCGACUUCAGGAACAAGGUGCUGACAGUGGAUGGGGUGAAGGUGAAGCUGCAGGUCUGGGACACGGCCGGGCAGGAGCGCUUCCGCAGCGUCACCCACGCCUAUUACCGGGAUGCCCACGCCCUGCUCCUGCUCUACGAUGUCACCAACAAAGCGUCCUUUGACAACAUCCAGGCUUGGCUGACAGAGAUCCAUGAAUAUGCACAGCAGGAUGUGGUCCUCAUGUUACUGGGAAACAAGGUGGAUUCAGCCCAGGACAGAGUGGUGAAAAGGGAAGAUGGAGAGAAACUUGCCAAGGAAUAUGGAGUGCCCUUCAUGGAGACCAGUGCCAAAAGCGGCCUCAACGUGGAGUUAGCGUUCACAGCCAUUGCAAAGGAGCUGAAGCACAGGUCCAUGAAGCUGCCCAACGAGCCCAAAUUCAAGCUCCACGACUACGUGAAGAAGGAAGUGCGAGGCUCGGGCUGCUGCAGGUCCUGAAGAGUGUUUGUACAGAGACUCAGGCCCGUGGGCAGUGUGUGCAUGUCUGUCUGUCGUGUCUGUGUCUGCCCCGAAGGCCAGCUGGGACCAGGGCACAGGAGCAGCAGGAAAAAGCUCUCUGGGAUUCUGCAGCCCCGUCGUAUCCAUCGGCUCCGGCUCCCCUGGCCAGCGCUCCUGCCCAGGUGGGAGGUGGGUGUUUGGGAAGGGGCUGGGGUCUCCUGUGCCUGCUCUGUGAGGCUGCUGUAACCUUUGUGAGAGCCAGGGUGAGACACAAGGGAACCAACACCUUCUCCCCACCUAGGAGAAAAAAAAAUCCUGAUUUUUUUUUCUUGGUAGGAAAAAGUCCUGAAUUCCCUUUUCUUUCCCUGUGCACCUGGAAUUCAGCUGAGAGCCCUGGCCUGGGGCGUGCAGGAAAGGUGUGUUUGAAGGCAGCCAUUUGUGUAGUUGCUUUCUCCUGUCUGUCCAUCCCUGUGAGGUGGGACACGCUUCCACAGUGAGGGAUUCUCCUGUUCCCUGCAAAGGCAGAGCUUGGCUGUCUGAGUGAGCUCCUGCCCACCUGGCUGUGUACAGAGAUUUCUGAAUGUUCAUCCCUUUGGGAAAGGCUCUGCUUCUCCUCCUUUUGCCCUUUCUAGUACUUUGAGAAGAAACCUAAUGUAUUGCAGCUUAUUCUAAAUACCUUCCUGUAAGUGUGAUGGUGUUUUCAGACUGCAACAACGCUUUGAUAUCUUCAAAGUUCUCUUGGGCAGCUCUUUCCCUUCACUGCAGAGAGCUGGGGGGAAGCUGCAGGCAGUGAUUUUACAGGCUGCAGACUCCUGCCAGCUCUCUUCAAGGGCCUCCUCACCCCCUUUGGUCUGUGUCAGGCUUUUGGCUGUUUUUUUGUCAAGCUGCACUUCUCAGUACAAAUUUGAAUCUGGAUGAAGUGUUUGGCCUUUGGCAAUUUUUCCCUUUGAAAACUCCACGCACACAUCAGCAGGUGCCUGCUGAGCCUUGGUGGCUUCUCCAAACGAAAUAGAAAAACUCAUCCUUUGCCCUCCAGCCAGCACCAGCCCCCCCAGCUGCUGACUCAGAUGCCCCUGCCCCUCAUUUUUCCAGAGAUUUUGGCUCCAGCACCACUUUCCUGAUGGGCACAAGGAGCCUCUGCAGCUCCCACGUGCUCAGAGAGCUACAGCACCACGAGCAGCUACAGCUUCACAGGGUGAAAAAGAAUCUUAAAAUGAAUCUGUUUUUUUUCCCUGAAUAGUAUUUCAGGGGAGAGACAAGUCUUAAAAUUGUCUGAUUUAAAUUUUAAAAUCAGCUGUGGAAAACCCAUUCCUGCAGGAACGUUUGCAUUCCUGGCAAACCCUGCUGCCAGUCCUGCAGGAUCAGCCAGGUGAGCUC